AUGUUUUCUUCCAAAACCAACCAGUUCGACCUAGUCAUCCACAACGGAUAUGUGGUCACAGCGUCUGAUAUUCUCCCUCCAUCGGUUUACAUUGGUUUGAAAGAUGGUGUUAUUGAUCAGAUCUCGGCUCGUCCUCUAACUGGUAAGCGGGUUAUCGAUGCGGAAGGUGGAUACGUCAUGCCCGGAGGUGUUGAUUCACAUGUCCACCUGUCCCAGAAAAAUACUCCAGCAGGCGAUACAAUCGAGUCUGGUACUCGAUCAGCCACACCGGGAGGGACUACUACGGUGAUUCCAUUUGCCGUGCAGGCCUCAAAGGACGACUUCGAUGUGGUCUCGGUAGUGGAAGAUUAUCAUAAAGUAGCAGACGGGCAGGCAUACUGUGACUAUGGAUUCCAUUUGAUUGUUUCCAAUCCUAACGAGGAGAUGCUUUCUGAGCAACUUCCACAGCUUGUGGAGAAAGAAGGUAUAACGUCUGUCAAGGUGUACACCACUUAUCCUCGGUAUAAAUUAUCUGACGAACAAUUAUUGGAUAUUCUUCUAUCGAAUCGGAAAAUGGGUGUGACCACAAUGAUUCAUGCGGAGAACUCCGACAUUAUCGAUUUUAUUGGAAAGAAAUUGGAAGAAAAGAAAAUGAUCGACCCUUACUACCAUUCCGUCUCCAGACCACUGGUAGCCGAGGACGAAGCUACAUACAGGGUGAUUUCUUUAUCGAAAAUGAUUGACGUUCCAAUUUUAAUUGUCCACAUGUCUUCUGAGACCGCCCUGUCUACUGUCAGAGAGGCUCAGACCAGCUUGGUCCCAAUUUUUGCUGAGACAUGCCCACAGUACCUCUUUCUUACGGCAGACUACUUAAAGCAUGAUUGUCACCACCAUGUUCACAAAAAUGACAGCUUCCAAGGAGCCAAGUAUAUUUGCUCUCCGCCUCUACGACAAACAGUCAAAGAACUAGAAGGCGUUUGGAAGGCAAUACAGAACGGAACUGUCACCGUGUUUAGUAGUGAUCAUGCCCCAACGGUAUAUGAUCACCCAUUGGGCAAAAAGGCCGGCCUGGUGAAUGGUGUUCCGCACUACAAAAAGGUGCCCAAUGGACUUCCUGGGAUUGAGACCAGAAUGCCGUUGCUUUUCUGCAAGGGAGUCGAAUCCGGCAGAAUCACUCCUCAAAAGUUUGUCGAGCUCUGCUGUUCCAACCCAGCGAAGAUGUACGGCUUAGGUGAUAGGAAGGGAAGUAUCAGCGUUGGAAUGGAUGCAGAUCUGGUGAUCUGGUAUCCAAAGGGAAAGUUACAGCCGUUUUCUUUGGACAACAGUAUGCUGCACCAUGGAAUUGAUUAUUCUCCGUUUGAGGGCAUGGAAUUCUCCAACUGGCCUAGAUACACCAUUCUCCGUGGAAAUGUUGUUUGGGACAGAGACAAUGGAGGACUAAUUGCUAGCAAAGGAGUUGGAAAAUAUCUGAAAAGGGGAAAGUCUUCUCUUGGAGGUCCAAUCAAAGAGCUAGACGAGAUUUUAGCGUAG